AUUAACCCCGGAAGCAAUAGGUAUUAGUGUCACCACUUCCUCCCUCAAUCAAUAUGGCUGAACCGAAGCAAAAAUCUCAAGACAUAUUAGGUUUUACUCACUCUCAAUAACAAGAUGAAUAGUUAUGACUGUAUCAAUAAAGGAACAGUAUUUGUUCUUAUAAUAUCUGGCUGACACACUUCAACCUGAAGAUGAAUAAGAAACAUGUGAAAUGGCUCGCCAAGGUCUACAAGAUGUCUGGAAAGAUAAGGACAUUUAGCUAGAAAAGGCUGCUUAGCCUUGUACAUUGGUUUUUGGAACAAAAGAGUUGUCUGGCUGUGGGCAGAGAAGAAUGGACAGGAUGGCUCAUGUAAUAAAAUUAGAACAAGACGAUGGGCCGGACAUUCACUUACAGUACAUACAGUCAGAAUGGCAGGAGUACAUAGGAGCAUCAAAUAGGAAGGCGAGAAUCAGAGAUGAGCGGUAUACACAGAAAGAGAAGGAUACAUUAAUAAAUGCAUAUUUGGAAAGGGCAGAUCAAUUGGAGGAUCUCUCAAUCCGGCCGAGUCUCAGGACCAAGUUAUGGAAGGAAAUUGCAGAUGGAGUUUGUCGUAUAGGACAUAUGAGGACAGUGGAGUCAAUUAAGCGCCGUUAUCAGGAUUGCAAGAGGGAGGUAAAAGAAAAAAUGGCCAAGCAUUUAAAGGAGCAGGUAGCUACAGGAGGUGGCUCCUGUGUGAUAUUCAGAGGCUGGGAGGAGCUUCUACGGAAGAGAAUUACAGCAGGUGCAGUAUCAGGGAAACAAGGGACAGCAGAUACCUCAGCAGAUUCCAACCUGCCUUCUUCCAUUAGAUACAAUAAUGAAUGCACUGGAGCUUCUCGAGAGAAAGAAAGAGAGCGAGCGGAGAGAUAUACACCAGAAGAAAAAGAAGUUCUGAUCAGGGAAGUGAUGGCCAGAGAGGAUCUUCUGUGGAAUAACACUACUUCCUUCACAGACAGGAACAGGGCCUGGAGGGAGAUCACAGCGGCCGUAUGCCAUGUAGGGUAUUUGCGGUCUGUGACAUCAGUAAAGCAAAGGUUCCGGGACUGCAGGUUGGAAGUCAAGAAAAAGAUGGAGCAGGCAGCAGGUGGUGAGAAUGUGACAUUCUUCCAAUGGGAGGAGCAGCUCAGGCGUCACUUGAUCCGAACUACAAUGGGUGACACAGGAGAACAUUACUUUCAGCAGCUGGAAGAAUCACAAAACCAUCAAGAGGAGGAAUUACUAGAAAGGGAAAUACCUGAAUUCUUACAAAAUUUCAAGGUUGAGGACAUUGAACAAAAGAUCAAGAAGGAAGACUCUAAUUCCUUAUACUUGGAAGGAUCUCCCCAUCAAGCCCAUCACCUAGAACAGACUUUUGCAUCUCACCAGGACCCAAGUAAUGACAUUUUGCUACCACCUGCUCCACCACCAAUCCUACAGCCACUGCCACCAAUAUUCCGGCUUCCACCUGUGCCACCACAGGGCAUACAUGUAAUACCAUCACAGUCAAAAGUAAUAAAACAAUUGAGACUCCUCCGGCAAGAGCAACAGAGGGAGAUCAGAUGGCAGAUGCGCAUCUAUGCCCAGCAAGAAAGGUUGUCACACCAAAUGGCAACAAUGAAUGACCACUUGCAACACAUAGUUAAAUACAUUGCCCAGACCCAGACCGUCACCACAGUCCCAUCUAGGAAAUACUUACCUGCUUCCAGUUCAACUCUAGCCACACAGCAUUUAAAGUACGUCAAGCGUAGGCUAAAAAGAGAGGCUUCUCGUUUAAUGCAUAAGAAAUACAAAAAUCACAAAAACUUUUAACGAAAAAGGUAUAAACUUUAUGGUCCAAUUAAUAUUUCACAUAAAAUAAAGAAAAAAUUGAAGUCAA